CUGUCAAAGUCGUUUCGCAUCGAAUUUCGCUUGCUCAUGUUCUUCAAAGCGGUUGCGAGUUAAAGAAGUGUUGAACUUUUGUGAUUUGUGAUUGAGAUUGAUUUAAAAUUUGAACUGUAAUCCACUAAUUUCGGAGGCAUAAACGUAAAUCAAGCAUCAGGAUCGGAAUGGAUCAAAACAUGGAUAUAAAUGCCUUCGAGGGUCGCAUCGUUAAGAUGGAAGUGGACUAUAGUGUCACUUGCGACGAGAAAAUACCCCUGUGCAAAGAGAUGGCCAAAAACGAGAACAAAUUUAACGAAGCGCUCGAAAUCCUGUUGCAGCUGGAAAAACAAACCCGAAUCGGUGCCGAUAUGGUGUCCAGUUCGAGAGUAUUGAUUGCAAUUGUUCAGAUCUGUUUCGAAGCUGGCAAUUGGAACUAUCUGAAUGAGUACAUAACGAUUCUCGUGAAGAGACGGUCUCAGUCGAAGCAAGCGGUGGCCAAAAUGGUCCAGGAAUGUUGUACCUAUGUGGAUAAAACGCCGGAUAAGGAAACGAAAUUGAAGCUGAUUGACACGCUGCGAACCGUGACCGAGGGUAAAAUUUAUGUUGAGGUGGAGCGCGCAAGGCUUACGAAAAUGUUGGCUGAUAUCAAGGAAGCUGAUGGAGAUGUAACCGGUGCGGCAUCGAUUAUGGAAGAGCUUCAGGUGGAAACAUAUGGUUCGAUGGACAAAAGGGAGAAGGUUGAGCUGAUUCUGGAACAGAUGAGAUUGUGUCUGGCGAAGCAAGAUUUUGUGAGAACUCAAAUUAUCGCAAAGAAGAUUAAUAUUAAGUUUUUCAAUGAGGCCGAGCAACAAGACUUGAAACUGAAGUAUUACGAUCUGAUGAUUCGACUGGAUCAAGAUUCUUCAUUCAUAAAAACGUCUAGACAUUAUUUGGCCGUGGUAGAUUCGGAAUUGAUAGCAAAAGAACCCGAACGACGACAGAAAAUGAUGAUCUAUGCAGUGCUAUAUUGCAUCCUGUCGCCAUAUGAUAAUGAGCAAGUUGAUAUGAUGCAUAAUUUAUCUAAAAACAAAUUGCUGGAGGAGCUGCCAGUCUACAAAGAAUUGCUGCGUCUGUUCAUGUGCAAGGAACUGAUCAAUUUCGAUGCCCUCUGCAACGUUUAUGGAACCGAAUUGAACACUUUUGACAUCUUCAAUCAGGAAACCAGCCAUGGAAAGAAGUGCUGGACGGAGCUUAAAAAUCGUCUCAUUGAGCAUAAUGUGCGCAUCAUCUCGAACUAUUACACCCGCAUAAAUCUCAAACGUAUGGCCGAGUUGCUGGAUUUGAGUGAGAAUGAAUGCGAAGAAUUUCUUUCCCGCAUGGUGAACGCGGGGACACUUAAGGUGAAAACGGAUCGCCCAGCCGGUAUUAUUCAUUUCUCCACCAAGAAGGCCGCAUCCGAGAUUCUGAACGAUUGGGCCUUCGGUUUGAACGAGCUGAUGAAUCUGGUGAACAAAACCUGUCAUCUGAUCAAUAAAGAGGAAUGCAUUAACAACGUGAUGCCGGUUCCUCCGGUCACAAACACUUCGUCUUCGUAAGAAAUUUGUUAUGCCCCGUGUUGGGCAGCAAGUCUAUCGAUGAUUUAAAUAUACAAAUAAAAUAACGUCAUUUUUUGUCGAUUAA